UAUUAUAAAUUAUUAUAAAUUUAUUAUAAAUUAACGUCUUGAAUAAGACAAAAGGUAUUGUAUUGUCGAUAAAAGACCAGUUAAGCCGCGUUUAAACCUAUUUCUCGGAUCAAUUCAUAUAGCAGCAUGGAUAAUAUUCAAGUACAUAUAUACUUCCGAACGUAAUAACGGUGUGAGCGACCUCUGGAGCGAAUGAAGUUUGGAAUAUUUUGACAGAUUCGUAUGGUACGUUACGACGCCUUAAGUAACACCAUGAGCAAUAAUUGUUCCAUUCGUUCUAUCGUUCUGUUUCUGUCAUAUUACGUUCGUUCUGUUCUGUUCUUUCUAUAUUUAACAUCUCUUUCGUAUCCAUUUUCGUGGAACCAGUUGGUUAUAUAUUUACGCGAUAAACAUAAUGCAGUUAGUGUCAGUGUUUUGAAAAUUGUGUUUGGUCAUCUAUCAUCGGUAGAACUCGACGAAUGGCGUUCAGCUAAUUUCUGUCACAAAAAUGUUGCAAUUUAAUACGGCAGCUUUUACAAUAGCAACCAGGUUUACUUCUCGAUUUUUAUGGCGAUUAAAUGUAUCAUUAAGUACAAAUACAGCAGCAAUAAUCUCUGAGUCUAAGACUGCUGUUAAGCUUGAUGACCAAAUAAAGGAAAUGAUAUCAAAUAUAACGAUAGUUAAUGAACAACACUUGAGAUUGGAUAAAUUAAAAAUGGAAUUGUGUAAAGAUUUAAAUGUAAAACCAAUAAUUACUGAAAAGAUUAAAAAAGCACAAACUGUACAAGAAAUACUAGAAACUGUGAAAACAUCUUCUAUGCCUCAAGAUGAUAUUUUGAAUAUUCUCAAAGCUAUUUCGAUUUGGGUACAUAAUAAGGAGGAAAGUAAAUCAAGUACUAAAAUAAAUAAAAGUUCUGUACAAAGCCAAACAGGAGAUAAAAACACAACAUUUAAAAAUUCUCCGCUUAAUACUGAAGAUUUUUAUUCUCAUUACUAUAAUCUUUCAACGUCUGCAAUGAUCAAGAAUAUAUAUAACUUAGCACAAGCAGGUAACAGAAAUGUGAAACUUUUAAAUUAUUUCUUUAACAAUAUUAUUGAAUAUCAUGAAUUACUGAGUACGAAAGCAUGUUCAAAUCUAAUGUUUAGUAUGAGCAGUUUGAAUUACUCUGAUGAGAGAUUACUUAAAAAAAUUUGUAAAGAUUUCAUAAGGAGUAAAAGUGUUUCUGGUAAUGAAACUAAUUUUGUAACAAUAAUAUCUUUCUUAAAAUCUAUGGCAUUUGUCAGAUAUAAAAAUAAUGUAUUUUUAAAUCAGCUAUGUGAUGAAAUUAUUAAAUCCAAAAUAAAAUAUAGCAACAAACAAAUUGCAAGCAUUUUACUGUCAUUUGCAACAUUAGGUUAUCAUUCUCAAUAUGUAAAUGACAUCAUAGAGGAAUAUUUCCCAAAUUCAGAGAUUGAGAAACUUCAAUACUCUACCAGAUUAAAUCUUGUAUGGUGCUUUGCUGUAUUCAAAAUAUUGCAAAACGUACAUGCUGAAUCUGUAUUAAAUGAAAAGUUUGUUUCAAAAAUAUUGAUCGUUGAUACAGAAAUCAACAAAAAAUUAUCCUAUCAGUUAAAAUUAUUAAAUAUCAAUGGAUAUGCACAAUAUGCACUCAACAAUUAUUCCGGACCUCUUUUGAAUAAUGAGAUAGUACCACGUAUAGUGAACAAACGUACAAAACAAAAAAAUGCGUAUGUUGAAGCACUACAAGUCACAUUAAAAAAUAUGUUGCCAUCUACAUCUCAUUUCAAUAUGAGUAUAAAUACCAACAUGGGGUUCCUUUUAGAUGCUGAAAUAUGUGUGGAUCACAAGUUUAAUUUUAUUAAUAUGCAUAGUGAUACUAAAAAUGGAAAUUUCAUUAAGAUAGCUUUAUUAUUAGUUGAUUACUAUGACAUGUGCCUAGGAGAUACAGAUUAUCAAGGAUUAAUUAAAUUGCAUAGACAUUUAUUGGAAUAUAACAAUUAUGAAGUAUUAAUUAUACCUUACCAAUAUUUUGGUAUAGAAGAUAAAAUUGAAAAGCGUACAAGUUACUUAAGACAUCAAAUAUUCCAAAUAUUUCGGAAAAAAACGGAUAAUUAAUUAUGAUUUCAUAUUCUGUAAUAUUCGAUAAAUAAAAAAAUUAUAGGAUGUAAUUAUGCUUAUAGUUUA